CAUCGUCAAGAGAGAGAAAUACAAAAACCUCAACACUGACACAGUAGAGAACUCAGAAGCACACACUACUCUGCAUCGAACUGCAUCUACUGGCGGCGGAGGAAAUGUCCACGUCAGCUAGCGCGACGGAGAGAAGAGGGAUUCCGGCUGCGUCGUUUGUUGAAGAUGUGCAGACCUACCUCUCUCAAUUAAAUCUCGACGUCAGCUCCGCCCUCGCACAUCUGCAAGAGAGACUUCAGCAAUACAGAGUGGUAGAGAUGAAACUUCUUGCACAGCAAAGGGAUCUUCAGGCGAAAAUUCCUGACAUUGAGAAGUGCUUAGACGUCGUUGCCACUUUGCAAGCAAAGAAGGGCACUGGUGAGGCAAUUAUUACUGAUUUUGAAGUGUCUGAAGGCAUUUACUCCCGGGCCCGUCUUGAAGAUGCGGAUUCUGUGUGUCUAUGGCUUGGAGCUAACGUCAUGCUGGAAUAUUCAUGUGACGAGGCAACUACCCUUCUUCAAAAGAAUUUGGAGAAUGCCAAAGCUAGUUUAGAAGUUCUUGUUGCGGAUCUACAGUUCCUAAGGGAUCAAGUCACGAUUACUCAGGUUACUAUUGCUCGUGUGUAUAACUGGGAUGUACAUCAACGAAGACUCAGGCAAGCUGCUGCCGCCACCUCAGUGUCAUGAUGAGAUCCUCGACGUGGCUCAAUUUUCCAAUAUAGGGUAUGACUCAAGUCUUUCUUUUCAUGUUUCUUGGGCACAUAUAUCUUUCUAUUGAGAUAAUCAUUAUUCAGUUUAUGGUUGUUGUGUCCAAUUGUUUUCUCAGGCAUGUUUGAUGUAAUAGUUAACUUCAUCCAAAAACAUAGGGUUGAAUCUAUGUACCUCGUUUGUAACAUUGUGAUUCUUGGUGUUCCUUAAUUUACGUGCGAACGAAUUCUUGUUCUUUGUUUGCCA